AUGUCUUGUUCAUCAGACUCUACGGUCAUCCUUGAUGAAUGGGUUCGUUUUGCAAUUACAAGGGGAGCUGAAGUACUCGAUAUUCAAUUAUCAAGCCGCAAUGGCGUUUUGGAUACAGAAAAUGUUUAUGUUUUUCCCCACUGGCUCCUUUCUGAAUUAAAUGCGUCAACUCUAAGGCAUUUGUCGUUGCAGAGAUGCAUUCUAAAACCUCCUACUGAUUUCGACAUAUUCAUUUGGCUAACAACGCUUUGUCUAAACAAGGUUAUUGUUGAUCCAGCUUUUUUGGCACAUCUGUUCUCUGUUUGUUCGCUCCUCGAAAGCUUGACCUUGAGCUAUUGCAGAGGGGGCUCAUGUCUAAUUGUUGGUCCAUCACUUCGUCUUAAUGAUCUUAAAGUUCUCAGGUGUGUCGGUUUAAAAAGAGUAGAGAUUGAUGCGGAAGAUAUACCUCAAACUGUUUUGACAUUGAGAAACCUGAAACAAGUGAACUUGGAUCUCUUCAUGGGAAACUUCAACCUUGGGAGUGUUCUGAAUAUUCUCAAGGCCGCACCUCGCACCUCUUUUAGAAGAGUUUAUAAUAACGGAUUACUUAUUUCAGUUUUCUUAAGGCCUCUUUUCUGUGCUUAUUUAAAUAAAAUGACGGUACGAGCAACAAGCUAUCAAGGAGAUGUAAGGAAUCUUUCUGGAUUUUCACAUGACCAUUUGAGAAGAUUUAAGAUGCAGGGGUUCCAGGGUAAGUGGAUCGAGAUAGAAUUGGCAGUUAGCAUUCUUAAAAUUGCAACAAACCUCGAGGUAUUGGUGAUUGAUCCAUAUGGAAAAUAUUACAACGGUGGUGGAAGCUGGAUCGAAAUCAGCCGUUGUUAUUACAGGGAGGGGUAUGAGAAUGAGGGCAAGGAUGACAAUGAAGAGAAAAUUUUCCUGCACAUAGAGGACAGUGUGGAUGUGGUGGAUUUGCAGUACUUUUGGUGGAAACAAAGAGGUAGUGUAGUUGUCCGAAAAAGACUGAAGGAAGUAAUGACUGAUGCUCAAAUAUUGGUUGUUGUUUAUGGCAUAUGCCCAAUGGAUGUAUCACAUGAUGUGGUAGAUCCCAUAGGCGUCUGUGAUGUUAGCACAGUGUCAUUGCCUGCAGUCAAGGAUGGUUAA